CUCACAUUGCCUUUGGAGCUCCUCUCUUGCUCUUGCUCUUUAAAACCUUGCUUCUCUUCCCCUCAUCAGCCCAUCCUAACACUCAUCAUCAUCAUCAUCAUCCAACAUCCUGCUACAUUCAACACAAGAAGCUCUGACAGCAGCUUGCAGCGAUUCCUACUGUCAACACGACAUCCCUUUGAUCUUGAUUGCCUGAUCCCGUACCAUCACAGCCGGUCAAGCAGCGCAAAGGUUUACGCCAGCGACCUGCACGUCACCUCACGCGAUAGAUACCCCGCAGUUUCUUCCGCUCAGCAGUCAUCUCAAUUGCACCUCUCAUCCGCCAUCAUGACCCGCGGCGAAGCCACCCAGUCCAAGAUCCACUACAAGGGCAAGCUUGACGACUACCUCAUCUUCGUCGACGACCCCGAGACGUACAAGAAGUGGCAGAGCGACAAGAGCGUCCCUCUGGCCCAAUUCGUCUCCACCUUUAAGAUCUUCCUCACCCACAAGCAAGGAACCCAAGGCACCUACGACGCGGCCCCCAAAGGCACGUUAGCUUCUGAAUUUGGAACCGAAGAUGAGGACGAGGUCAUCAAGAAGAUCUUGACUGAGGGGAGCAUGCAGACGAUUGAGAUGCCCAGCCGACAAGGCGUCACCAAUGACUCCAUGAGCUCCAUGAAGGCUCGCUAGAGAAGAACCACACGACGCCAUUCACCCAGGCAUCGGGACCAGGGCCGGAGGCACAGGAGGACGCCGUCACGCCGUCACCAGCGUCGGAGGAGUCAAAGACGUUGAGAAAUAUGAAUGCGGGGACUCACGCCGCAUCCUAGGCGAAGGUCACACAGAAGCAGAGCAUGGCAGGUUUUGGCCUUGAAUCGAUGCUUAGUCAAGGCGGGUCACGACGGUGGCCACGGGCGGCUGUAACGGAGAAUCUCGUCGACUGUACCUUGGCCCGAAUCGCUUCAAGGGAGAUUUAGCGGAUAAAAAAAAACUAGCGUCCGAAUAUGCGUGUGUGUGUGUGUGUGUGCGCGUGCGUGCGCCAAGCGCGCAAUAUACCUAUGGCCAUUUGGCCUUGUGUACGAAGAAGUGUGCACCUAUGAGAGACGACGGACCAAGGUGAGGCAGCCGGUGCCCAGCUGUGAGAGUGGGAUGUUGUUUCUCUGGGGGAUCUGUGCCGAUGAAGGAAUAUUCAAUGCGCCCCGGGGGUCCCAACGUUCCAUUUUACUGCCGUCGCUCGGCCUCAUGGCACGUUCUGGCUGGCAUAUGUUCUGGGGGGCGCGGGUAUAAACGGGAUGCAGCAGCACACCGCCACGGCUUCGUUAAUACGUGCUAUAUUUCCGCACAUAAGGCACCUACUCCAGCAUGGUACUUGGCAUGAACGCCAGGCACAAAGCACGCACGUCCGUUGUCAAUGGAAUCGUUCGUCCGCUGUCAAGAAAGAACCACCCAUGCCAUCCCACCCCCGGAGGUGCGAGCAGAAGAAGAGCCGCCGUCGAAGCGUUUCGGAAAGUCGGGACGGCGUGGGGGGGGAGGGUUGCGACGCUGGUGGCGCAGUGGCUGACACACCUACAGUAUGCAGUAUAUGUUAGUGCGUAAUGUUACGUACCGACGCCGACGAACCACGGAGAUACUUGUGUGGUAACUAGGUAACUUACACCGGGGGUUGGCCACCUGCGACUACACACGCGUGCACACUCACACUCACACACUUACACACACACACACACACACACAAACACCCAGAUAAUCUCGUGUGUAGGUAGUUACUCACUUAGACACGUUGUAUGCACAUGCACACGCGUACUGUAGACAUACAUGCACACACACACAUAUAUAUUUACUGUAGACACACGUACAGAUAGAUACGUACUGCAGACACACACAGGCACACAGGCACA